UGUGGUGGCCCCUAUAAAUGCCUGAAAAAAAAUUAUCAGGUGGGACUCUUCGACUGCCUCGAGAGCGGCUUUGAACAGUUAUAUGGAUCUUGGAGUUUGGAGACUGGGGAUUGUGCCUCGCUAAUCUAUGUUAAAAUCUUGGCCGGCAGAGAAUUUGAGGCGGCCCUGUCCUGGCCACCUAGAAUACUGUCUUCCUCUUACCAUCGUCCUCGUUGCGCCUCUCUUUCGGCGCUUCCGGAAGUCACCCUUUCCAUAGGCGGUUGGAGGUGGCUUUCGAGCUGAUUUGCGUGCGGUGGCGUCGUUGGGUUUGACCUCGGUUUUGCCCGGUGGGCGUUUUGUGGCGCCAUGUUCUUCCCCGGCGGUGUGCGGCCGAGGGGACACGCCAUGUUUUGGAGAAGCUAAGGAUUUACUACUGCCUUUCAGGACUUUUGUCUAAAAAAGGACGCCUCCGAGUUUGGGAAUUGGGAGCAAAUAGAGUUACACUGGACCGAAACACAAGGCUCUGACCCUGGGGAAUUGAAAGGGCCGCCUAAGGGCUUCUGCGGGCCGGAGGUCCGGGGAGAUUAUCGUCCUUCUGUCCUCUUCUCCCCCCUUCCGGCCCGGGGAGAUUAUCGUCCUUCUGUCCUCUUCUCCCCCAGCCCCUCGGGCAGGGGCCUGGGCCCCGCGGUGCUGCCACUCCAGCCAGAUCCGUUGCUGCCAGUGUGCCUGCCUCUGGUGCCCAUCCUUUCUGGGAUUCGUAGUUUAUACCUAAGUCCCAGUACUGUUUCAAUUAAGAGUUCUAGUAAGCACCUGUACAUGAGCCCCUAGUUUGUGCCAGCCAGUUUGCUGAGGGUUUCACGUACUGUCAUAUUUAAAAGGCUUUCAACAUCUGAGAUAACUAUUACACCCACUUUACAGGGCUUAGCCAGUUCCUGACCAACAGCUGGAACUCAAAACCAGUUUGCUAAGUGAGCGAGUGAAAGAAUCAAUCCACUUCUCUUCAGUGCUGCACAGCACAGCAGAUAUCCCAGCUCAGAUAUGGGUUGAAAGACCACAGGCCUACCUGGAGGGCUCAGCUCUCUUAAUUCCUGGGAGACCCUGGACAUGCCAGGAUGUAUUGUGGAGGAGUUGCAUUUAGAAGAUGGGGAGGAAGUCCCAAACACAUUCCCAGAGCCCCAUCUGGGCCGGUGGUACUUUAUCGCAGGGGCAGCUCCCACCAAGGAGGAGUUGGCGACUUUUGACCCUGUGGACAACAUUGUCUUCAACAUGGCCGUGGGCUCUGCCCCCAUGCAGCUCCAGCUUCGAGCUACCAUCCGCACGAAAAAUGGGCUCUGUGCGCCCCGGAAAUGGAUCUACCACCUGUCUGAGGGGAGCACAGAUCUCAGAACCGAAGGCCGCCCUGACAUGAAGACCAAGCUCUUCUCCAGCGCAUGCCCAGGCGGAAUCAUGCUGAAAGAGACAGGCCAGGGUUACCAGCGCUUCCUCCUCUACAAUCGCUCACCACACCCUCCCGAGAAUUGUGUGGAGGAAUUCCAGUCCCUGACCUCCUGCCUCGACUUUAAGGCCUUCUUACUGACUCCCAGGAAUCAAGAGACCUGUGAGCUGUCCAGUAACUGACCUGUGGCUUCAUCUGUGCCCCCCAGAUGGAUACAGUAGGAACUGAGAUUGUGGUGGGCGGAGAAGCUGGAGACUCUUAACUCCCUUUCAAGAAUAAAGAUGAUUUUUCAAUCCUCA